AUGAAUGAUAUGAACAGAAAUUUCGAAGAAAGCGUGGGUACUUUUUACGAUCCAGGCUCCAUGUAUGCCGCGGCUCCAAUCGACUUUACAUUAUACUCCGGUUCCCAAGGGGUGGAUCUGGGAUACCGGCACUACCAGUCUUCUGCUUGUGAUUCGAAUUUUGGGGUAGAACCAUUACCGUAUGAUGAAUGGAACGGAAGCGACGCAGCAGCUGACACCGAAGCUGGCUGUUAUUCUCCUCUGGGAGCGUUUAAACCGCAGAUAUACGGAGCCCCCGUGAGCGCGAUUGCAUAUGACGGCACGUUCGAAGCAAUGUACGUUGCCUCCGUAACUCAGUCGAUGUCUAGUCGUUUCAACGGCCAUCGAGCGUCGGUUCUAGCAAUGCAUCAAACGACAGAUGGCUCUGUCUAUUCGUCAGUCGCUGGGCAUCCCGAAGGACCAGGCCACAUCUUGAACAAUAUUUAUGAUUCGGUAUACGGAAUGACGCCAUCAAUGUCGACGGCGGGCUUGCCAGGAUACCGCCAUGUUCCAAAGCAUGCGUUCAAGCCGCCAUAUGGGACAAACGACCCUAUGUUACCAGGUGUUGGAAGCCGAGGGAACCAUCACAUCGGUAUCAAUUCUCUCGUACCCACAAUGAAUGGAUAUGUGGCGUCUGUGUCUCCUGCAGGUGUUCGUGUACAUUCCCAUGGCGGUUUGCAAGUAGCCGAUUAUCAUGUGGAAGGAAUGAUUUGCGGCACUCAACAUCCUAGCCACGAUCCCAGUCUCGUUACACAUAUGACAGUUGGAGGGCUGGCGAUUCCUCGUGAGAAAGGUAGCCAUACAAGCAAUUAUCAGAUGCUCUGUCUCGAUUUAUGGCAAGGCUUGCGUGUCGUUUCAUCUUAUACCAUCGCCCGGAAUACGAAAAACGUGAGUUGUACUGCUAUUGCUUGUAACAACAGCAAAGGAUCGAUCUUGGCAGGUUGUUCAGACGGACACGUUCGUAUGCUCGACGGACAACUACGAGAGGAGGCCCGUCUGAAAAGCCACUUUGGAGGAGUGGCAGACAUUACGGUGUCGUCUGAUGGAAACCUUCUGGCGACAGUUGGUUUUGGGUCUCGUGUCGCGAAGAGCACGAAAGGACAGCUUUACGGUUUCCCGGAUCCAGCAGUUUUCAUCUACGAUAUCCGAUAUUUGGGGCGAGGAGGAAUCCCGCACCCAUUUGCAGGCCUGAAUGGAGGUCCUAGGUAUGUCACGUUUCUGCCAGAAGUGCAAGGCCUUCCGUCGAAUCGAUUGUUGGUUGCAAGCGGGCAAGUCGGUGGUGGUUUGCAGAUCAUUGUUCCGUUUGAAGAGCCAAGCAACGCCGGUAGCAGUUUCAUCCUACCACAUUUGAAUAUGAACGAAUCAAUCUCGUCUAUGACUGUGGCAGACGAUAAAUUAGCGUUAGGCACUUCCCAAGGAAGUAUUUUGCAGUAUCGUAUGGCAGGUUUUCAUCAUUCUAUUGACUCCCAUGGUUUAAGAAGGGGUGCAUUCGUGCCUUCCACUUUACACGCGAAAAGUAUAAAGGAGCCGAAUGACCUAUUGCCUGAAGAAACGAGGAAAACGAAGCAAGUCCUGAGUCUACCAAGUCUUGUGCCACCGCCGCCCGCAAUUUCAGUGGAUACAUCUGUCUUACUGAAAGGUAGUCCAAACGCUCGAUCCGGUGAGUCAGAACAGCUGAAAGCUUUAUUUAGCAUUUACACAAUGGUUGCCGAUCCGAUUUUGUCUAUGAUUGGUGAUUCCCGGGAUGAAGCCGCAACUUCGUUUGGCCGACUGGCUUCGACCGCGACGAUAGAGCAAAGCAAGUUGAAAGUUUCUUCAAUUUUAUUGGAUAGAGCAAGCCACAACGUGGACUUCCUCGAGACUAUCCCUACGUCUGAUUUAAAGCUGAAUCUUUUUCACGAUCAUCGCUCCGACAACGUCAAAAUUUCCCCGACAAGGAAAGCACUAUUGUCCAAUCCAAACAAAUUUUUAUAUUCGAGCGUCCUCUUUACCACCGCCUACGAGGAGAGUUUGAACCGGAGUAAGAUUACAGGGCGCAAACAUCGCAAAGAAGAAAGUAGCAGGGACGAGAAAGAAAGUCUGAUGCGAAUUCCUCCCCGAUAUCAGUUGACGCUUCGCUCGUCUGGCAAGUUUGCGGCGUCAUUCAAUUAUGCGGAAUUCAACCAGUCCGGAAUUCUCCCUGGCUGGGACUAUCCGCCAACUAUGCCUAAUGCAUUCGUCCCGCCAGUAUUGAUGGUUUUAUAUUUUAUCCCAGAAGUGCGCUCAUCGGUGGCUCAGUUGCGAUUGGAAAAGUUCACGUCUAAGCAACUGAGUCUAUCCCCUGAGCUUGCCUUCUUGUUUCAUCGCAUCGAACGUAUUUCAGCCUUUGCUAUGAUAUAUCCCACGUAUUCCGAUACGACUUUACCAACACGCCUCGGAAUUUGGGCACCACUGAACUUCUUAUCGAUCCUCCAGGAAAUGCCGGAAGCUGAACAACUGCAGAUUCUUGACGGGUCACCUGCUGCUGUCGACACUUUUCGUCGUCCUGAAGCCUUCUAUCGCUUCUUGCUCUAUCAGCUUGAUAAGGAAAUGUGCCGGAAAACAGAGCCCAAGCUUCUUGAUCCUUUAGUAGGAAUCAGCUUUACGAGUGUCAAUGAGUUUUUAUCAGGAACCGUUUCUCCCACGGCUUCAUCGACUCGGUCACUGACGGUUGACCUAUGUUAUGAUCCUUUUGUGGGUAUGAACAAGAACGGAACUCGAAGUAGCGGGCCUGUCCGGUUCUCUACCGUCCUGCAGCAUACUCUUUACCGCGAAACGAGACUGCGUGCGUGGAACCAAAUAUCUAAAUCUUACGAAACUAUUGUGCAAAGAAAGAUGGCAACGUCGCUUCCGGCCAUUCUAUCGCUUUCUUCCGCAUGUGCAGGGAGGGACGAGACCGAAGGCUUAGCUCUUUGGCGUGGCUCCAAUAGCAGCAACGGGCACUGGCUCCCCGAAAUGAUCGAAAUUGAGCUUGAAGAGAGCGGCAACGUUGUCGUCUGGGAACUCCUUGAAGACAAAAGCACGGGAAAAGAAGAGUGGAUCGAAUGCUCAGGUAGAAGUUCGAGCACACCUGCGCGGGCAAGUACCAUCUUGGAGCGGAGAAAGACUCGAGGCACAAAGCGUCGCUAUCGAUUAGAUGCAGUUCUCGCAAUUGUUCGCGAUGAUUUGGAUAGUAGCUGCUCUGAUGAAGUUGCGGGCUUGAUAAGUAAUGGUCAAUAUGGCCAUCACGUCGUAUUCGCUAGGCUUGGAAAGGAUCACCACAGAAGUCUCGCCUCACAGCAGCUUGGAACACUUCAACAAAUGGAUCACGAUUGUGAAAAGAACGACAUUUUCAGAGACACACUCGCCGCGUCGAGGUUCGACAAAAGAAUUUACGAAAAGCGAGUAGAGCUUGCUGAAAAGAUGGUAGAAACCCUGUCCAUUGACUCAUCAUCUGAAGAUGUUUGGCUUUUGUUUAACGGGUAUGUUGUAUCAAAGACUAACAUCAAAGAUGCCAAGGCUUUUGAUGUCAAGUAUAAGGAGCCAUCUCUUAUUGUAUUUCGCGCCUUAGAUUCCCCAAUUUCAUCAAUAAAUGUCACCGACAUUUCCUUUGUGUCGCCUGAUGUCCUUAGAACACAUUCUAUAACAAACGGAUCGCUUUCAAGGCAUUCGCUUUCCCAAAAUGUGGACAUGUUGCCUGGAAAAGGAGAAUUGAUAGCGUUCGAUGCCGAGUUUGUGUCCGUUCAGGACGAGGACUACUCGUUGACAGAAAGCGGCUCCAAAGUCACUCUUCGUGAAACUCGGCAUGCUCUUGCCAGAAUCUCCGCUCUGUGUCGGGAUGAAGCUGUGCUUUUCGAUGAUUAUGUGCUUCCCAUAGAACCGGUGGUGGAUUACCUGUCGCGCUUCAGUGGCAUUGUGGAAAACGAUCUGCAUCCGAAGCAUAGCCCACAUCAUUUGAUAGGAACGCGGGCGGCCUACCUGAAAUUGCGAUGUCUGGUUGAGCGAGGAUGCAUAUUCGUGGGCCACGGUUUGAGCGGGGAUUUUUGGACAGCCAAUCUUGCUGUGCCUGAGAAUCAAAUCAUUGACACAGUCGAGAUAUAUCACAAGCCGGCGCACCGUUACGUCUCUUUGAGAUUCUUGACCAAUUUCGUUCUGAAACGCGACAUGCAACAAGAUGUGCAUGACUCACUAGAAGAUGCGAGAGCAGCAAUGGAGCUAUACCAAACGUCAAUUGCGUUGAAGCAACAGGGAAAAUUUGAUAUGCUGCUCGACGAUUUGUACGAGUACGGUCAAAAGGCCGACUGGAAGCUUGGAAUAGAGCGCGGCAGGUAAAAAUGACAUGUAUGGUUCAACC